GGUCUUUUGGAGUGUUUGUGAUGUAAUGACCUGGUCUUCUCUGAUAAAUGGAUGUUUAAAUAUCAAGCGGGACACUAGCUAAUCAGUCAACUCUCUCAAGACUCAAAGACAACAAACUGCCUGACAGUAACUACCAAGAUCUGAGAAACCAAUCAGCCCAGACAAGUCAUUAAACGAAUCAUGAUGAUACUGGACAGCAUGAAACUACCACACACGAUCGUACUCUGGGGCGUCCUGGCGCUCGUUCCGUGGGUCAACUUGCUCAGCGGAUUAUCAAAAUGGUUCUCGAGCAUUCGCGUUCUCGAGACAAUCAUUUUAAUGAACCCACAUUGUACAUUACAGAGAAUGUUCGUAAUGGAUGAAGUGACAUUGUCCUACAUUACAUUCGUGUUGGCCGUGAUACCAAUUAUAUCAGAAUGCGUUAUCAUCGGAGCAUUUAUAACAUCUAUUUUAUACAGUCGCCUGCAGUUUUACAAAAAACCAAACCGAGAUUCUUUAAUAGGGGAUGCGCCCGGUGUGUCAAUCAUCAAACCUCUCAUGGGACUUGAUAACUUUUUAGAAACAAAUUUAGAAAGUCACUUUCUAAUUAGUUAUCCAAAGUUCGAGUUACUAUUCUGUGUUCAAGAUGAUCAAGAUCCAGCCAUUAACGUUGUCAAUAAAUUCAUGGAGCGAUAUCCAAAAGUUGACGCUAAAAUUUUUCUCGGGGGUAAAGAUGGUGUCAUUAACCCUAUGGUGCACAACAUGGCCCCUGGCUACGAGAAUGCAAAAUAUGACUUAGUUUGGGUUAGCACGAGUAGGAUAAAAGCUACCACUGAUCUCUUGUACGACAUGGUUAUACGAAUCCAGGAUCCCAAAUGUGCUCUUGUUCAUCAGAUGCCCUAUACUACUGAUCAGAAGGGUUUAGCGGCAACUGUAGAAAAGGUGUACUUUGGUACCGCUUUGGCCAGGAUGUAUGUCGCUGUCAAUGUGUGGGGCUUCUGCUGUGUAACAGGCAUGUCAUAUCUCGUCAAGAAGACAGAGUUAGACAAAGUCCAUGGCCUUGUUUGGUAUGGGAAAUACUUAGCUGAAGACUUCUUCUUAUCACAGGCCCUCCAUUCCCAGGGUUUCCGUCACCGAGUAGCCUCAGUCCCAGCUCAGCAGAACGUCGCUAGCACCUCAAUCGCUGCUUACAAGGACCGCAUGGUGCGAUGGCUGAGACUGCGUAUGAACAUGAUGCCAGUUGUGGCCGGAUUCAUCGAGCCGAUGAUUGAAUGUUUUGCCCUUGGUGUCUACAUGUCGUGGUCGGUCUACCAUUUCUUCGCGUUGAAUCCCUACAUCUUUUUCGGGUGCCAUGUGCUAGUUUGGAUUGCAUUAGAUUAUAUUUUGAUAAGGGGAGUUCAGGGUGCUGAGCCAUUGCCAUUUUCCAUCCCAGAGUUUGUGGUGGCUUGGUUUAUUCGUGAGCUAUUAACGGUGUGGGUCUACUUCGAGGCCCUCUUCAACGUUAGACAUAUUAGGUGGGGAAAACGCAGGUACAGACUUUCAUUAGGAGGACAUACAGAAAUCGUCUCGGACAAAUCAGUUCUACCCCUAUGAUGGCGCUAUUGGUGCCCAGUUACCGGGACCAUGGAGACUAUUUUGUUAUCAGAGUAUACUCUCAACUCUCAGGGUAGACUGCGUGACUUAAAGUGUUCCCAAAAGGUACCACCACUAGUCCAGAUAGUUUUGCACUAUCACCACAGUGUCUAUUUUGGAGAUGACCUUCGAAGCCUAGUUCUUAGUUUGAAAAUCGUCUUCUUGUCAGUUUGAGAAAUGAACUCCAGGGCUUUCAAUGGAAGCGUUGAAUUUAGUAUUGAUGAGAAUGCUAUGUUCUUUAGUUUACAAUCAACCAAACCAUUUUUAUAUGGGCUGAAAGGUGCUAAGUAGUACACAACAUCAUCUGUUGCAUCCCGACACCAAGGGUAUCAUACCACCUUACAUUUUCAUCAGUUUAGGAGUUAAAGCAAUAUGAGAGUCUUGGGGUCAAGAUGCACCGGUUGAGUUGAUGUGGAAAAUACAGUAGAUGAACUACCCGGUACAUGUAGCACUGUGUCUAAACAGGAAUCUAUAAAUCUGUCAAUAACAUAUCUUCAGGAGAUACUUUCAGCAGCUCUCUGUUUAGUAGUGUAGAUAUUAGGCUUGAUUAUCGGCAAACUUUCUUCAAGUUUAUCAAGCAUGAUCAUAGCAGAAAAGAAGUUAGGUUUAGAAAGUUUAGGAGAUUGUUUUGGUGUGGUGUUAGCACCUGCUUUCCUAGAUCUGCAGAGGUCUUUUGGAACAUGAUGUUCAGUUUGAUGAGUGUUUUGAAUGCUUUUAGCUCAAUGUCUGUGCAGUCGUUUUAUUGAAAGGCUGUGUAGACCCAAGAUGGACACUGUGGUUUGAUGCAUGGUGCCAAGACAAACCAAGCCAAUGUUUGGCCAGGUUCGAAUGUGAGUGGAUUUGGAGACUUCAUAAACAAAUUGCAAGUUUCAUUGCAAGAUGCGAAAUAUACCAAAUGAAAUAUUUCUAAGUGCAUUGCCCAAAUAGUAUCUUGCUUGUCCAGAGGAAUUGGGCCAUUUCUAACAAUAUUCAAAUAAUGCAUUUCCAAAAGAACUUUGAAGUCGUUUUUUUUUUAAUCUCAAAAAAUGAAUGUGGUGCAUUUCAGGUUGAAACUCGUCAGAGGCUAGUUUUCUAUGUCAUUGUACAUAAUACCAUUCAUGUGUUUGUGUAUUAUUCAUCUGUACAUGGUUUGUACAUCUUCCUCACAAAGUAAAUUAUUUGUUUGAAUGUUUUACAACUGUAUUGCAUACUUUGUUAAUGUGUAUCAGCGCAAAUGCAGUUGUUAUUAUAUAUCUGCUAAAAUUUUAUAGAAAAAAAAAUCAAAUAACAUAUUUCACUAUGUUGACUCUUUAUUCUGCUGGGUAUACCUUCUGAUGUUUGGUUUGGUUUUUACACCCUUAUUUUCUGGAAUGGACUCUUCUGAAUCAUUGACUAGAUGAGUCUUUGAAGGGAAAUUGGUUGAAAAAGUAAGAACAAAGUGUUGCCUUAUCAAGAGGUGUCUGCCUCCUUUAGAAAAGUGAAUGAUGAAUUUCGAAACCAGACAAGCUAGAAUCACUGAAUAAUUGCAAUUCUUUGACAAGAGAAAUUUUGUAAUAAUUUCAGAUAUUUUCACGAAUCAAAAUAGCAGAAGUUGCCGUUGAGUUGAAGAUAUUGUACAAUUUUAUCUUUAUCACAAUUUUUUGGGUCAUUGACCCUGGCCCUGAAUAAAUAAAUAAGUUACAUCCAGAUGGAAGGGCAGUUCAGAAUCUCAUAUUUAUUCCAUAUGUUUCUGAUUUCUCUGUCAACCUGUAGUGUUUUUAGAGCAUUGUCAAUUCAUCUUCACAAAAUUAUGAACCAAUGGCACUUUUGGCUCACUCUGAAUAUUUCCUGUAAAAGUUUGAAAUCAUAUAAUUCUUGCAAAAAAUGUAUUUGCAGUGAUGUGCUGUAAUCAAUUUUGUCAUCUAUCAUUUCUGUUGCAUCCGACUCGGUUGGGUAUAACAAUAAUAUCAAGCAUAGCAUGUUCAUCAACUGAAGCCUUAAGUUGUUCACUCAGAAAGGUCCCCUGGCAGUCAGGCAUUCAGUUUUUGUGCUGGUUGAUAUUAUUUGUUUGAAUCAGAAUCAGAAUCUAGAGAGAAAAAAGUGACAGUUUUUGUAUCAGGAAACAGAUUACAGUAGAACCUAUCGAGAACAUCCUUAGGAAUGAGAAGUGCUGGUCUUUAUAGCAAGUGUACAGAGGUUAAACUGAAUGAAAAUGAGCACGAAGGGAUAAAAAUCAGUGAACAUGUAGAGGGUGUCCUCAUAACAGAGGUGUCAGCUUAGAGAGGUUCCACUGUAAUUGGGUUAAAUUGCUGAUUAUGUGUAUCAUUCAUGCAGCUAGACAGUAAUGGUGCUAACUGUGAUGAACAUUGUUUCUGCUUCAAGUUACUAAUUAACUAUGUAAUUAAUUAAUUAAGAGAAUAUUUUUUGCUCAUUGCUCUUCUUUCCAUUGAAGGAACGUUGAGCAUGUGUUUGAUUAACUCGUGUGUACAUAAUCAAGGACCGUUCAAUGUACUAGUCUUUCUAUGAAAGGCUCUAGUCUAGAUGAUUGCCGUUUUUUAAAACUGAAUCAGAGAUAGUGGGAUUAUCUGUCAAAUUGGAAUCUAAUAUCCUGAGAUAUCAUAACUGGUGAUUGUUGUCUCUUGAUUCACUCGGAUUUUGAGAAGAUUCCCCCAGAUGUGCUAUUAAAGUUUGAUCCUUAAAGUUUAUAUCUGGAUAUGGUUUAAGUGUUUAUUGAUUCAGUUUUCUCAUUGGAACGUCUUUUGUCCAGAUAUACCCUUUAAUGAUUUAAAAAGAAUCAUCGUUAAUAGCUACAUGUAGGAAGCUUGUACCCGGAUGAUCGGUGCCUAAAGUCCAUUUCAACUGGAUUCUUUAUAGGCAGCCAGGAAUGUAAAGUGGUUUAUCAUGUCAUGGACUUAGUCACGGUUCUCAUUCAAGCCUAAAAGUCUUUUUUUCGUAUGCGAUCUAUUUGCAUUGACUACUUUUGCAGUCGUUCAGGAAAAUCGAAGGGAUGACAGCUUAUUAUUUAAUCAUCCAUCACCCAUUCACUUGAUUAACUACGAUGCAACAAGUGUGAUUAGGUAUCGUGUACCGGGUACUAAUAAAAUGAUUUUGUGUUUGAAUGGGGACUGAGUUAGUAUGUUGCCUGGACACUUUGUAUAAAAAACUGUAUAUUGUAGAAUUUAGGUUUACAUUAAUAACUGGGGGCCAUCCUUGGAUGAUGAAAAUAUCUGAAUAUUUUAUACACCACUCGAAUCAGAUUUUAAUGAUGCACAAAUACACCCAAAUGUCGUUGCCCUAAAUCUUUAUCAAAUGUUUAAUCAUUAACAUAAACUUUUUCAGAUAUUAACCCUUUCACUGCCUAUGCAGAGAGCAGCGUGGGAUAUCAAACUUUUCAUUUAUAAUAUAUGAAUCGCAAAGAAAGUCUUGAAGAUAUCAAGGGAAGUUUGGCCUUUGGUGUGUCAAAGAUUCAAAGCUUGGCGUAGAUUAAUGUUGUAGGUUUAUUAAGCUGCUUUAUAGAUCGCGGCACUAGGGGUGGAACUGCAAGGCAAUCAUUAUUGACGGUGAUGAAUCGAUUUCUAGUCUAAAUCACCCCACUGUUCUGUGAGAAAAUAAUAACAGAUUUUCCUUCAGAGAAGACAUUUGUAGAAGAAUCGUAUUCACACCAUGAAUGUUAUUAGAUGAGCAUAACACUGUGUGAUUUGAGAAACUUUUCCAUAAUUGUUCACCGAGUUAUUAAGGAUCAUACAUGCAUAAUUAACUAAAGUAAACAUCUAGAUUUUUCUAAGUGUAAAUAAAAUAUUGUAUUUGAUGUUUAUAAGAAA